CCAAAUUGUUUUGCGGGAUUUGCCUUUACGUUUCUUUGCCUCUACCCAAGGCCCAAGGUGAUCGUUUCACCGAGCAGAAGCAACAAUCCAUGGGACUGGAAGAGGAACACCGACAUGGACUUGUUGAAGGAAGCUUCCAAACCACCUAUAAUUGGUGUAUGUUUGCAACUAGUCCGACUGCAGGCUUCCCUCUGAAGCUUCCGAUGCUCCAAUUGACAAACAUGCUCGUAAAGCAAAUUGCAAGGGCCAAGCAAUGUCGAGGCUUCUUCCAUCUUCUUCCAGCUGUCCAAAACCAUACAUAUCUGACCAACACAAAAAAAGGAACAUCACCAAUGUGCAUCCCGAAUUCAGCUCACGCACUGAGACGAUGUUUGAGAGGCUGCGGAGAGGCUCUGCUCCCACACCUCUUCCUGGCAGCCCAGCUGAGGCUACCUGCUCAAGCCCCAGGUUGAGGAGUUCUUGCAUUUCUGCGAUCACAAGGCGCGGUGGUCGUUGUCUCAUCCACAGAUCGUGACCAAGGCGAAGGAUGGCACGCUCAUCGAUGACUAUCGACAGGCCUAUGGCUGGCUGCGGCAGAACACGGCCUCCGACGCACGGAUCAUGGCCUGGUGGGACUAUGGUUAUCAAAUCGCCGGGCUGGCCAACCGCACCACCUUGGCCGACGGUAACACCUGGAACCACGAGCAUAUCGCCCUCCUGGGCCUGGCACUGUCCUCGCCGCAAGGGGAAGCCCACAAGAUCGCUCGACACUUGGCUGACUAUGUCUUGGUUUGGUCCGGCGGCGGUGGGAAGGACGACGUGGGAAAGUCGAAGCACAUGGCGCGCAUCGCCAACAGCGUCUACCGAGGCCACUGCAAUGAGGACGACUGCGAUCAGUAUGGGAUCUUCCCAGACGGCAAGCCGAGCAAGAUGAUGGAAGCAUCCUUGGUGUAUCGUCUCUGUGGCCGCGGGUCCCUGGACGAGCGCCUCUUCCGCGAGGUCUACGUCAGCCACCACCGCCGCGUCCGCGUGGCGCAGGUCCUCGACGUCUCUGCCUCGUCGCGGCGCUGGGCGGCGAGCGCGGAGGCCAAGCGCUGCGACGCGCCGGGAAGCUGGUAUUGCCCUGGCAGCUAUUCGCGCGGGCUGCAAGAGCUCUUUGAUCCAAAUGCCACCCAUCAGGAGGCGUUGGACUAUCAAGCAGCCUACGCGACGCGCGUGCAGGAGCAGCUGAAGGAGAAACCAUUACCCAAUCAAGAGGGUUUGCCUCCAGGGAGCUACUUGGAUUCUUGUCGAGGCUGCUUGAUCUCGGGCACCAGACUCACCUGCAGCCACUGCCGAGCGCCUGGGUCGCCGUCCAUUGCCUCAAACUUGGAGUACCAGAAGUGCCCUUUGCCUCAGAUCAACAACAUCCAGGGCCGCUUGCAGUGCGAGCCCAAGCCCAACGCAGCGUCCAUUCCUCGCGGCGGCUACCAGCGAAGCUGCAAGGGCUGUGACAUGCAGGGCGAUGUGCUCCACUGCAGCCAUUGUGGCACAGCCUCCGGCAACCAGGUGCCCGCCAGCUUCGAGGUCCUACGCUGCCCAGCACCUGCUGAACUGGACAAUGACAAUGGCCGGCUGACGUGUCGAGGUGUCCCCAACGACCUCGCCUGCCCGCCUGGGCCAUAUCUGAAGUCCUGUCAAGGCUGCCGCUCCGAGGCUGGACACGUCUCCUGUGCCUUGUGCCGCCGGGCAGACGGGCGACAGGUGGCGGCGGAGGCAGCUGCGGGGCGCUGCCGGUGGCCGGCGCAGCUGGAAAACCAGGAUGGAGAGCUUGUUUGUAGCGGCUCGCUGGCUGGACCCUACAAGCAAAGUUGCUCCAAGUGUCAGCAGCUGGACGAUGUGUUGAGCUGUGAAUGCGCCAAGUCGGAUGGGCAGCGCUUGGUCAGCAGCUAUGAAGUGUCGCGAUGCCAAAGUCCUGCAGAGCUUCACAAUCGAGAGGGCAAGUUGACCUGUCAAGGCGUGCCCAAUGGCCGGCGACUUCCACCGGGCCCCUACCUGGAGAGUUGCGAAGGGUGCCACGUCUUCAAGGAGACCUUGCACUGUAGUCAUUGUCUCAACGCUGAGGGCCUGCAGCUGAAAAGUUCUUUGGAGGUAGCAGCCUGCUUGUCGCAACAGCGGAAACCCGAGAACGUCAACGGUGCUCCCAGCACCGGUGGGCGAUGGCCGGUGUUGGCCCGAGGUUGGGCCAUGGACACACAGUGCGGGGCCACAGUGGACUGGGCCAUGCUACAGGCCCUGGCGGCCUUGGACGAUGCCACGCUGCUCACAGUGCCUUGGACGCAUCGUCCCGCUGCGGCGCGGACGCGGCGCGGACGAGUGGCACGGACUGCCGAGUGGCACGGCCGACCCGAGCUGGCGCCCGGCGUCGUCAACGGCGCGGUGCCGGCGCCGUCCUCGGCGCCGAAGUACAAAGGGGACCUCACCUAUGCCCCGGCGGACUCCUUGACCAAGCGCCGCGCGCAGGGGCCUCGGCCCGCGACGGGGCGCAUCAAGCAGGUCACAGGCGCCACCGGCGUGGGCUUCAUCGACUGUCCGGAGCUGAAGGUGGGAGCCUUUCCCAUUGGCACUGAAGUGAAUUUUGCCAUCUUGCUGAGCAAGGACAGUAAACAUGUGAUGCGAAACGACAUGAAGCCUCAGGCCUUCGACCUGCAACCGACAGUCCUGGUCUUGGCUGAUGUGAGCAGUUUUGGAGUUCAUGCAUACUUAUUUGGCUAUGGCUAUGGGAAUUGGGCAGCUGCCCCUGACAUGGGAUUGAGAUAUAAAGAACAUGACAACUUUGUGAGUGUCACCGCGAGCCCGAUGGAGAUUCCGGGUGAAAGAGCUUUGGUGGCCGAUGGCUACUGGUGCGCCACACUAGGCCCUUUGCUGAUUCUGAAGCCUCCGAUCCUGGAAAAGCACCUCUGGCCGAUUCCAUCGCAGGCCUUGCGCAGCUUGGACGUCAACACUGGGCCGCUCGGAGUGCUCACCACGCUUUGGGGCACGCUGCUGCUGCACGAGCCGCUCAAGGCUCGCCUGGGGCACGAGCGGGUAUUGAAGGGCGUGUGCGGCAUCAACGUGGCGGCCAGCUGCGGCCUGGCGGCGCUGACCUUCUUGGCGCCUUCCCGGCUUUUGUUGGCCGGUCUGGCUGCACAAGUGGCUGGAUUCGCAGCCUGGCAGGCCACUAGCUGCUAG